CAAAAUUCAAACUUGCAGAAGUCUGGAAGUCACAUUGUUUCAAGUUUCAGAUUUAAAAAUGGAUGACUAUUUAUCCUCUCUUGAUCUGUGGAGGAAGCCCAUUGCCAAAGAUGAAAGCUCACUGUAUCGAUGCAUUGCAGAACAGGUGUUUUCCACACAAACACGAUGGGAGGAAGUGAGGGAUGAAUGUGAGCACUAUAUAAAAGAACAUGAAGAAGAACUGGAAACUGAAUGGCUGGGUGUGCCUAUUGAAAUCAACGCACUCUCCCUACUUUACAGACGUGAUAUUUACAUCUAUGAGCAAGUAAGAUGUCCUCCAGUGAAUCUAACACAGAAUGAAUUUAAGGAUGUGAUCUGGUUGUGCUAUACUGAUGGCUGCCAUUAUGACUGUGUGUAUCCCAGGACAUUUGUAACAAGUUCUGCUAUUUGCCAAUCUAUAGUAUAUGAGAUACUGUACAAGAACGUAUUUAAGAUGUCUAAAGAAGUCCAUGAAGGUGUUCAACUUUUACGCAACAAAAACUUUAACAAAAGACGAGAUAGCCAUUCACCAUGCUACAGCUCUUCGCCAGAGACCCAGGAGUAUUAUAGAAAACACCAUGUUAGUGUGAGUCCGCCAUUCCCGUACCGUAUCGCUAAAGCAUUGGAUCCUGAUAUUUACCGCAAUGUAGAGUAUGAUACAUGGAUGGAAGCUAAGAAAGAGCUAGAAAGGACUGAACAGCAACUUGUUGAGAAGAGGUUCACAACAGGAGACAAGUGUCAGGUAACAUUAGAGAGUAGCCCUGAUCAUGUCUUCAUUGCUCAUAUUCAAGAGAUGGGAUCAGAGAAAGAUCCUGUAACAGUUUUUAUAGAGGAACUAGGUGAAAGACAUACAGUGACAUUUGAACAACUCCGUGCCUUACCUCAAGCAGAGGGUUAUCCACCUUUGUGUAAAAAGAAGCAAAGGAGAAGAAAGUUGGAGCUCCCAUUCAUGAUGCCUGUUGGACGUGGAAGUCAAGGCCGGGGAAUACCACACCAGGGAAUGCGCACACCACCUCCUAGGUUUUCAAACUUCAAUGGAAUGAGGCCAAGAAGAGCAUUGAUCAACUCUGCGGGUCACCCCGUACAUCCUGGCACUGGACACCCCAUUCAUCGCCCAAGAACAUUCAACUCACCCUCUGAUAGCUUUCAUCGCCAGAGCGGUUACGUGACUCCAGAGAGACAGCAGUCGAGUUACGUGACUCCAGAGAGACAGCAUUCAAGGUCAUCGAAACCUCGCAAAACUCCUCCGCCACCCCUUGUGCUGCCACAACGUAUGACAUCACCAGUAUCGUCUCAAUCCCCAGGGCCUACACUCCAACCUGAUGUGAAUGGCAACUUAGCUGCUAGUCCCCAGGUACAACAGCCAUACAUGACGCCACCCCCCCAAGUCCAGCAAUUUGUGUCCCCACCCACCCAGCUUCAGUUCUAUCCCUUCCUUGUCAUUCCUUAUGUGAAUAACCUAACGGGACCUGUCAAUCUGAAUGCACAAGCCUCUAUGGACAAUGCGGGAUCUGAUCUACCGAAUGGUGAUGUGAACACUUUGAGAUUCUUCUACAACAUAGGAGUUGAGCAUUUUCGCCUCUCAACUCUGAUGCACCAGCAACAAAACCUCGGCCAACAACCCAUGCCUGUCAGUAUGCCUGUUACCCCAGUGACACCCAAUCAGCCCUUCCAUGUCGACCCAACGCUUCAGGCUCCACCCCUUUCAGCCCCGCCCUUCACUGAGAAAGAUGCGGAGACAACAGGUAAUACUAGCAAUACAACUGACGAAAAAACACCAACUGAGUUGGAAAUAAAAUCUGAGAAAAAAAUCCACCAAGCAGUGCCAUCAUAUAGUGGUCCUCAUGCGCCACCUACUGGUCACAUUCCACAAAGAAUGAUGCACUUUAGACCAGUUUAUCAUCCUCACGCCUAUCAUAGAGCAACCAUGGGACAUCCGCAGAUGACAAUGUAUGCACCACCCCCAGGAUAUGUGCAAGUACCCCAGGGCCAUACUUAUACAAAGGAUACUCCCUUUCCCAGAUAUACACAUAGAGCAAAUAACCCAAAAAUCCAAAAUGUAGAUGAAAUCACAGCAAAACUUGAAAAAUAUUGUCAGUUGGACAGUGACGAAAAUAUAAACAUUGCUGCCCCAAAAAGUCCAUCACAAGAGAGUAGCACAAGAUCAGAUGACUCGUCACAAGAGGAUCAUGGGAAUAAUGACAGCGGAUGCCAGUCUGAUUUCAGUACAGAAAGCACAAUAGGAAAAUCAAAACCUGAUGGAGAAUCAAGCUCUGCUUUCCUACCACUCCCAAGACCAAGCUAUGACAUCACAGAUGGUCACACUAGCGACGAAUCUACACCGCAUGACAACACAAUCAUCAAUGUCCCUAGGAAAUUUCACAAGAAGAAUUAUGUGCCUAGAAUUGUACGACCGAUGAAAGACAUUCCACCGCGAUUUCAACAAAUGUUAACCCCCAAGAAACCUGAUCCAGAAAAAUUCGCUGGCCCCCCGCUUGUCCAACAAACAUUUGACCCCAAUCCGUACCCUGAUUCUGAGCAUGAUAGUCAUAAAUAUGUAGUUCAUGGUGAUGGUGGUCCAAUCGGUGUCGCAGAGGGCAGCACCAGCACUGGGGCUAUAGCUUAUACUAACGGUGAUGGGGCUGUGCAUUAUCAUCAUCCUAACCAACCUUCUGUGACUAAUGUAGAUUCUGAUACUAAUAAUCUAGCUUACUGUCAGUCGUAUGUAGAUCAUGCACAUUCUUAUUCUGGUGAUGGUGGUUUGCAUGUUGUUAACCCUCAUUCUUUGCCUUCAGGUGGUCAGUACUACACUCUGCCGUCUACCCCGCCUAGCCAUGGUAUGGUGGCUCCCUCUGGGAUGACAAUAGCUCAGCCCACGGGGACAGUUUAUUAUAGCCAGCCUCCGAUGCAGACUACAUCUCACUAUGGCCCACCUAUGAACAUGCAAAUGCCUGCUUAUGUUUACCAGCAGUAACUCUUGUAUCAAAGAUCAAAAACAUUUUUGGAGUCUCUUAUGUGUAGUAUUUUUGUAGUUGAUAUUAAUCAAAUAUCUUUAUAUAGUCUAUUAAGAGUAUAUUCUAUAACUGUUUACUAUAUCUAAAUAACCCUUACAUUUUUGUAAGUCUAUUUUGACUUUCAAUACAUUCCAUAUUAAAUUGCUCUUGUAUCUAUAUGCAGUAUAGCAAUAUGUAUACACAUAUAGCAGGCCCGUAGCCCCACCCCCUCCACCCCCUCCCUCUUGGCCAAAAAUUCUUUCAAUAUCAUGCAGUUUCUCAACAUUCUAGGUUUUUAUACUUGUGAUUUUGGCCAAAAUUGUCAAAAGUGAACCCCCUUGACAAAAGGUGGCUACGGGCCUGUAUGCAUAUACACAUUCAUGAAAAGGUUUAAUAUGUUUUACAUGCA